AUGAGGGGACUUUAUCGGGGCCGACAGAGACAGGUGGGUUCCCAUACGGCGGUUAUUCAAAAGGUUGAACACACGGAUGAGGAUAUUUCUAGAGAGAAAGACCCUCCUAAAAAGGGAGGACUUCCGAGUGACACUAUUCCAAAUCCAAAGAAUGGGGGAGGCGGUGUAGACCGUGUGUUUUCCAUCACUACUAGGAGUGGUAAAAUACUCCAAGGGGCUGAUAAGAAGGUGGUUGAUCUUGAGACAAUAGAUGAAGAGGAUGAGGUGCAGUCUGAAGCACCCAUUAUUGUUGAUGAGAAUCCUACUGACAAGAAGGUUGCUGAUAUUCCAGAGAUAGUGAAGGAUGCUGAUAACACGAGCAAAGCGGGCUGUGAAAGGGCUCUCCGCCCUUUGACUCAGCUGUUCAAAGCUAAACCUCCCUUUCCCCAGAGGUUGGACUUGCUGACCAAGAAGAAAGCGGUUCAACAUGAAAUCGUAAGUUUGAAUCACACUGUGAGUUCCAUCAUCUCAACCACUACUGUUCAGAAAAAGGGAGAUCCUGGGGCGUUCACCAUUCUUUGUUCUGUGGGACACCAUGAUUUUGCUCGUUUGGGGAUGCCAAAGCCAACUACUAUGAGGUUACAAAUGGCUGAUAGGUCUAUCAAAAGACCUGUUGGGUUGGUUGAUGAUGUACUUGUGUGGGUUGGUGAUUUUAUGUUGCCCGCUGAUUUUGUGAUUCUUGACUGUGUUGUUGAUCGGGACAUUCCUAUUAUUAUGGGGAUACCUUUCCUUGCUACAGGGAGAGCUUUGAUGGAUUCGGAGAAAAAUGAAAUCAAGUUCCGAGUCAACGAUGAAGAAGUGACUUUUCAGGCUAGCUAG